AGCUGCAAGAUGCAGAUACCAGGGCCUAUUGAUCAUAGCUGGCACCCGUUAUUGGGUGAAGAGGGGUUAGCAAUGGCAGUGGUAUUUGCCUUAGGGUAUGCAGGGAUUGCCUUUGAGGGGGUGCUUGGUUUCAACAAGAGUGCUUUAGUAUUGCUGAUGACAGUGGUCCUUUGGACGAUCCGAAGCAUCACGGUACCUGGUAUUAUAGCAGUGGAUGAGCUCAACGAGCAAACAUCAUCUGCAAGCGAAAUCAUCUUGUUUCUGCUUGGAGCUAUGACUAUUGUCGAGGUUGUAGAUGCGCACCGAUGCUUCAACAUUGUUCAAGCUGUAAUCUCAACAAAGGAUAUGCGAGUUGUUCUAUGGAUGACAGGGCUCUUUGCGUUUUGCCUGAGUGCAGUCUUAGACGAUUUGACGACGACUAUCACUUUAAUAUCUUUGCUGAGGAAACUCGUCCCCAACCCCGAGCAAAGGAAGUACUGCGGAGCAGCUGUGGUUUUAGCAGCGAAUGCAGGCGGCGCAUGGACCCCGAUUGGUGAUGUGACAACAAGUAUGUUAUGGAUCAACGGUCAGAUCUCCGCCAUGAAGAUCAUGCAGGUGUGUUCAUAUGUGAAGGAAGAGGCUUAUGUGUGUGUACAAUGAUCGGGGAUUGCUGGUGUGCGUGUAUUUUAGUUUCAAAAAGGCGUCUGCUGGAUGGAAUUCCACAGGUCGUAUCACCCUUUUCCAUAGAGUCUCCCACGCAAAACGAUUGCAGCGAAGAAUUGACUUUCAACGUAACACUUCGUUGACGGGUAAGGUAGAAAGAAUCGAAUAUGAUCCAAAUCGUUCCUCUUGGAUUUCUAAUACCUACAGCGGCUCCAGCUAAUGCGAUUGUUGCACAGCCUGCUCCAAUUAAUUUUGCACCUUCUAACAUAGCGAUCUUCUUUUUGUUUGUAUCAAAACAAAGACCAUUUAUCGUU